UUAUCUCAGCAUGACAGCGGGAAAGCGCGAAGGUAUAAGAGCUCCCGUCGGAGCAUCCCGCUUCACUCCAUACCCGUGGAAUCGAGACGACGGGCGCAACACCGCCCGAGGGAGCGCAGCCGCGGACACCCCGGGACCGGGCGGGGGGAUGCGGCGUUACCAGACCCCGCACCACAGACAGAUGCCACCUGGAGCUCGGAUUUCUCCCACCUUCCUUGUGCUGCGAUCUGCCGCCGUCGGGAGGAGAUGCGACUUGAGAUCGAGAUGAGCACGCGUUUAAUUCCCAGCUGUGCUUAGGAUCCGGCCAAGAAACCGCAUCAGUGCACCCGGGGCUGCCUCCGGCUCCUGCCUACAUCCGCCAGGGAAAGCCCUUCUUGCUACCAGCAGGUCUAGGCCCUCUGCUGUGACCAUGGAAAAUACCUCUAUCCCUGAGCUCAAUUCUACGUGUGUGGCUGGGCACACAGACUGUGCAAGGAGAGGAGAUGAGGAGCUGAAUAUUCCCACUUCCCCACCAAGCCCCAGCUCCUACAUCACGAUGCCUGUCAUCUAUUCCAUCAUCUGCGCUGUGGGACUGACAGGUAACACCGCUGUCAUCUAUGUAAUCCUCAAAGCCCCAAAGAUGAAGACAGUCACCAACAUCUUCAUUCUCAAUUUAGCCAUUGCUGAUGAGCUUUUUACCUUGGUGCUGCCCAUCAACAUUGCUGACUACCUGCUCCUACAAUGGCCCUUUGGAGAGUUCAUGUGUAAGCUCAUUAUCUCCAUAGACCAGUACAACAUUUUCUCCAGCAUCUACUUCCUCACUGUUAUGAGUGUUGACCGCUACCUUGUUGUAGUGGCCACCACCAAGUCCAGGAAGAUGUCUUACCGCACCUACCGAGCUGCCAAGAUUCUAAGCCUCUGCAUCUGGUCCUUUGUCACAGUCAUCAUCCUGCCCUUCACUGUCUUUGCUAAGGUACACAAGGAGCAGGGGCGCUCCCAGUGUGUUUUCGUGUUCCCUCAUCCUGAAAUCAUGUGGUGGAAAGGCAGUCGGAUCUACACCCUUAUCUUAGGCUUUGCUAUCCCAGUGUCCACCAUCUGCAUCCUCUACACCAUCAUGUUGUGCAGAUUGAGACGUGUGCAUCUUCAUAGCAAUGCAAAAGCCCUGGAUAAAGCAAAAAAAAAAGUGACGCUGAUGGUGGUUGUCAUCCUGGCUGUGUGUCUGUUCUGCUGGACACCUUAUCACCUUAGCACAGUGGUGGCCCUCACCACAGAUAUCCCACAAACUCCUCAGAUUGUUGGGAUUUCCUACUUCAUCACUAGUUUGAGUUAUGCCAACAGCUGCUUCAACCCUUUCUUGUAUGCCUUUCUGGAUGAUAGUUUCCGGAGGAGUUUUCGUAAACUGAUGGACUGCAGGACCACCUCAUAGAGCCAACACCAUACUCUCUUCUUACCACUGUCUGCUCUUUCUGAGGGUACUGAGCCCAAAGAGUGCUUUUGCUCCAGCCUUCCUGUGAUGGUCCACAGUGCUUCAGAUUGUCUCACUGCCCGAAAUACAAACUAGGGACAGAUGGGUCAUUCUCAACUCAACUUUCUAGCACCUAUUUCCUCAGCAUUGCUUUCCAUCUCUUUCCCUCGUGUUUGUUUUUUCCCUUCUCUCUCAUGUGCUUUCUGUCCUAAUGUGAUAGCUCACACAGCUGCAGCAGAUCCCUUUUCUGUUUUAAAAUUUAUUGCCUUGUGAGU